UUUGAGACACCUUGUAUAGUACUUGUAAAUAGUCCCUUUCGAACCAUUUUAUACCAGUCGAAGGACAGCGAAACAGAUAACGUGAUUUGAAACUCAAUUCAAGGCCUUCUUUCAAAGAGAUUCCUACGUCACCUACGGCUUGCAAUAUGCAGUACAACGUCUAUGUAACCAACAAAACCAAAGGUGUUGAACGUGUUUACGUACGUCUGAGGGGCGACAAACUACAAGAAUCUGAAAAUUGUUCCCGUACACUGAACGAGAUGUCUGUGAACGUCACCUUGGCAGAGAAAGCAGGGUUUGGCUACAGUAGCAAACACGAAGACGAGCAAAAAUCACGUACAGUGUUUGCUUGUUUAGUCCAAGGUAACGCCCAAUUGGGUAUUUUGACAUGAUCGUAUCCCACUUUGACGCGAUGUGAAGCGGGAUCAGUUUUGAUGUAUUGAAAUAAGUCACAGUGCACGGAUUCAGCAGAACUACACCAUUUUUCUAGCGACAGAGUAUAGUUGUAAAAACAGAAUCAAAGCGAUCUAGCUCCAACCGAUCCAAGGAUUUCGAAUGAUAUAGUCAAAGCUAACGGUAAAGUCGCUCUGCUUAGCCCCAACGAGUUCAGUGUCAACGACUAACUUUCAGUCAAAAGAAGUUUCCUUACAGAGCGCGACUACAAAUUAUCGAGCGAAAUAACUGACAAUUUUUAUAAUCUAUCCAUAUCUACAUUCAACGGCGGUUAUGCAGGGCCGUCGCGAGCGGGGGGGUGUGGGGGGGUGCUUCACCCCCCCAAUAAUUUUCGCAAGUCGGCCACAGUCGGCAAAUUGCUUCGUUACUGUUCGGCAAAUUGCGAAUUCGGCAUUCAGCAAAUUGUAAAAGUUAAGAACGAAGGCGAUAAAUAAAGCGAUAAAUUUUGGAUUUAAAAUAAUGGUUUGUGUGGCCUUAUACCAUUUAAAUGUAUUUCUAUUUUAGUGGCUGAAAUGUGAAACCCACGUUUCCGGGCAUGUUCUUCGCUCGACUGCUCUUAUUGCGAAGGCUCGUUAUCAAUUAUGCGCGGUUCAAAACCCAAAAGAAAAAGAAUAAAACUUUAGUGUCUUGAAUGUAAUUCGAUUUUUGACGACUAUAGAAACUUUAUUAUUUAUUUCACGAGGGAAAACGUAUUAACCAUAAAAGUUAUCUAACAUACGGCCCGACGAUUACCGUAAGAGGCACGAGCAAACUUGCCAUAAGGGAAACCGAGUGCGAGUAGCUCAUAAAGACGUACCAGCUAAUCUGUUUGAGACUGCAAAGCGCAGUCAAAGCCAAAGAGAAUAUUUUGAGUCGUCAGAGGCGCAAGAUCCUCAAGAAGACUCCACAGGCACAUGAGAAGAAGACCAAGAUAAAGACGAGCCAUGCCACUGAUAAGAACGGACUUGUCUUCUUUAGUUCUUUAGUGAAAUUACUGUUAACUCUGAUCAGUCUAUAGUUUUGAAAGACAUACCGCAUACAGCGAUCGGUAUUAUCGAUCGGUUGCAUAUGAUCAUAUCCGUUUUACUUGUUUUCUGACGCAUAAAAUUUAAACUCUUGGAAAAUCGGGUCGUACAAAAGCCCAGUUAACACUAUCCGGCACUAAGAGUUUUAAGACUGCUCAAAAUACAAAAAUUGUCUAUUCUGCGCCUGGGGAUAAAAAAGGUCAAAUUCAUCAAAUUGCCAUGAAAAUAUUGAAACAAAAUAUCAAUGCAAUCACAUGCAGAUAUUUGGAUACCCUGGUUCCAGAGGUUUAUUCUUAUUAUUUUCAUUGCGAAGGAGAGAGGAAAAAUAAACCUCUGGUUGAAAGCGGCAAUUGAUUCAUUGAGCUGCGCCAAUCAGUUUGAAUUAGGGUCAGAUCCUGACUCUGUCUCCUGACUGGAUGAUUGUAUUAAAGUUCUCUGAUUGGUUCAAAUAGAACAUCUAUAACCAAUCAGAGAGCUUUAAUACGAUCAUCCAAUCAGGAGACAGAGUCAGGAUAUCUGACCCUAAUUCAAACUGAUGGCGCGGCUCAAUGAAUCAAUUGCCGCUUUCAACCAGAGGUUUAUUUUCCCUCUCCCCUUCGCAAUGAAAAUAAUAAAAAUAAACCUCUGGAACCAGGAUAAUACUUGGAUAACUUUUCUGACUUUGCGGAGAUGCGCGUCUGCACCACAGUCUAAGACACUCGUUACUCAGACUAUAUGCACACGGUACCGUUUCCGAGCGUUUUUCGGUUUUUGGUUGUAAUUAAUGCGUUAAUUUCUGAAACGUACGUUCUUUCACACGAAAACGUAUGAAAACGACGUCAGGAAGCAAAAACGUUUCAAAUAGUGAAAACGAUGCAAACAUUCGUUCUCUAUGUCUGAAACGUUUGGUCGUUUUGGCACUUUGUUAUUGUGUAAACAGAAAAGUAGAAGGCGAAAAUGAAAUUCCGGGUUUGAAUUUGGAAACGAAGACUAUAAAAAACUAGUGCUUUGUCAGAAAAUGUUGCGAGAAAAACGAUCAAUGUGAACAAGGCGCCUAAACGCUAAAUUUGAAAACGGCACUGCGAAAACGCUCAAAAACGUGACCCGUGUGCACAUAGUUUCAGUCUCGAUUUAGGACUUAUGAAAACACAGUAUAAAUUAUGUUAAACUUAAAUUUUUUUCAGCUUUAUAUGUUUAAUAUAAAGCCACAACCCACGAACAGGCAUCCAUUUCAAAACAAGAGCCAUAUUGGUGUCCCUCAGUUACUAGCACACCAAUAUGAUUCUCAUUACCUAUAUCUAACCUUUACAAACUUUUGAAAAACUCGGCAAAUUCAACUAGCGUCACUCGGCAAUUUGACCUUCGACACCCCCCCAAUCCAUAUCCCUUCGCAACGGCCCUGCGGUUAUGACAAUACCUUUUCCUAUUAAAAUCAAUUACUAAUAUCUCGGUAACGAGUGUAAUUUGUAUACACAAUACAGUAAGUAAAUUCACAUAAAACACCCUAACGACUUGAACGUCGAACUUUUCAUGCGCCGAAUGCAUUAAAAACAACACUGAAUAACGAGGAAUAGAAGGAAUGCAAAUUAUAAUCAUCUUUGUCUUGGAGUAAAGAUGCUUAGACUUUCCUUGUAACAACGUCAAACGGCGCAGAAAAACACUUCUAAUGCGAUGCCCCAAGGGCAAGGGACAAUUUUCAGCGACAAUUCGCAAUGCAAAUGAUGUUUUUAUGAAAUUUAUUGGCUCGCACUUGAAUUCAAUUAAGUUUAUAUUUAUAUAUGUAGGUAACUUCAGCCUCCUCAACACUGGCAAACCAACGCCAUUUGCAGUAGAAGAUAUCAAAAAGCUGACAUAUCUUUCUGUUCACGAUGAAGAGCAGAUGUGGCUAACAGAUUUCCCUGUCACUCCGGCAAACUAUGGCUGUAUAACAAUUAUCGGAAAUAAAAAGGAUGGGAUUACCUCGCAACCAUCUAACCCCAAACCAGUGUGGAUCGAAUGCAAACGAAACGACCCCUUACCAGAAGGAGCCAUUUACGCCGGUAAGACCAAUGCUGAUGGCCCUUUGUAUUUUGGUCGAGUAACUUCGUACAGCGGCAUACCCGCCAAAGUGAAUGUAAGCAAUGAUGGUAAAUUUUGCUACAACUGGUGGUAUGCUUACAAAGGAGAAGGAAGUGAGAAGAAGGGAGAUAUCUUAAAGGAUACAGGUAAUGCCAUGCACAUGUACAGUAUCAAGUGAGUUGAGGACUGGAACUGACUGAACACGGCCGUGGAAGAGUGUUGAAUUACAUUAUUAUUCAGCUCAAUCCCCCAUUAGCCAUUCCGAAGUUGAUGAGAGGACUGGGGACGAAUGUUAAAAAAAUGCCCAAAUUAAGAAGUGAACCAAAUCACUAAAAAGACCACCUCAAAAUUAGUAAGUAUACAAAGUUUGAGGACAUUUACAUGAAUACCCUUCGAAUAAUAAGCUUUCGGAAAUCGCGAUAUUUACUAUGAAAUGCACUGUAAUUUUUGUUUCGGGGGACGCGCGUCCCAAAUUAGAAUCUUUUAAUGAUCAGUCAGAAUUUCACAAUUUUCGAAAGCUUGUUAUUCGAAAGGUAUUCAUGUAAACGUCUUCAAACUUUGUACACAUACUAAUUUUGAGGUGGUUUUUUUAGUGAUUUGGUUCGUUUCUUAAUUUGGCCACUUUUUAACACUCGUCCCCAGUCCACUCAUCAACUUCGGAAUGGCCAUUCUCGUACCCAGAGCCCUUCUUACGCGCGGUGCGACGAGGGGCUCUGGCCAAAUCCAUAUCCGAACUGGCAUCUGAUUGGCUAGUUCUAACACAGGAUAUUGUUUUCUUACCAUGUUUUCAUGGUAUCCGGUUAUGGAUUUGGCCAGAGCCCCUCGUCGCGCCGCGCGUAAGAAGGGCUCUGGGUACGAGAAUGCGGAAUGGCUAAUUAGGACUUUUCAGUGACCAAUUACAUCAAGUAUUGCGCUUACUUAUGUUAUUUACUAAUUAGCCUAGACUAUUUAUCUUUACAAUAACUUGUGAUACAACUUUCCUAACAUGGCGGCAUAUAGUAGCAAUGUAAAUUUUCACCUUUUUUGACAACUUCUUGUGCACUUUCAAUGGAAAACCGAACGAGUGAAUAUAGCAAUUUAAGUACAACGAGCACGAACUGAAAAGGUUUGCCAACAACAAUGGUCAGUGCCAGUGGCGGCGCCAGGGGGGGGCAAGGGGGGGCAAAUGCCCCCCCAAAUUUAUUUUUUGCCCCCCCAUUUUGCCCCCCCUCAAAAAAAAUUAUUAGUCACUAAGAGCGACUAAAGGCUACACAAGCGUUUUGUAGUUAUCGGAAAAUGUAUGGCUUAUAAGUUGUCAUUACUCAUUAGUGAAUGCGCGUAUACAUGAAACUGUUUUUUACAGUUUCAAUAUUAGUUUGUAAAUCUCUGAAUGGUAAAACUUGCCAAUACUCCAAUAAUACGUUUCAAAAAAAGACAAAAAAGCUUUAGUUUUGCAGAGUUAAAUUCUCAAACGUGUAAGGCAAUAAUAAGAUGAAAGUAUCACGAAAUUAUUUGAAUAAACCACAUCGCAUAUAUGGGGGGCGAAUGUCCUAAAGAGGAGCGAUAUUCCUAGGGUAUUCGCCCCACCCCCCUGGGAGGCGAUAUUCCUAGGAUAUUCGCCCCCGGGGGCGAUAUUCCUAGGAAUAUCGCCACGUUUUGAGGGGGGGGGCGAAUUUCCUGGGAGGGGCGACCUUUUUAAAAAUUCUAUCUUGCCCCCCCAAAAUUUGAGUUUGCCCCUCAAAUGCCCCCCCCCCCCAAAUUUGGAAGCCUGGCGCCGCCACUGGUCAGUGCACAUGUGUUAUCGCACUGCGUGUAAAGUUCCGGUAUAUUGUUACUGACAAGUAAUAGUUUGGUUUCUCGUGCAAUUUGGAAAAACGAAUUUGAUCGUCUUUGAAAAACUCACUCGUGCAUAUUUUUUUCCAAAUUGCACUUGAAAUUAUACUAUAUUACUUAUACUAAAACACACUAUUAGAGCUUUUCAUGGUCAGUCACCAAGUGUUAAUUAAGGCUGCUCUCCAGUCACGCGUUUGUCAUACGUGCGUCAAGUUUAAAUCUUUUUAAAUGUUACUUAUGAAACAACUGAAUGAAUAAAAGGAAAGCAUAUAGUUUUGUCAAUGAUUUAAUGUGCAUUUGUACAGGUAAUUCAUACUAGUAUUAAAUUUAAAAAGAUUUAAACUUUUCCGCGCGGAGCGGAAUUUUUCUUUGUCUUGUGACUUCUCGGGUGGAACUAAUUAGAAAAGACAAAGAGAGAUUCCGCUCCGCGCGGGAAAUUCCGCUUAGUGGAUAAGCUCGUUCUCCAGCUAGGCGCAAUCUCGUUCCCAGAGUAUGCCUGUUCGCGGGUUAUGUAGUGCCAUUGUGAUUGGUAAGCGAAAAAAUUCGCCGCGAAAAAGUUGGACAGUUCCUACUUUUUUUCUGUUCGCGCGAACAAAUUCGCCUUGUGGAGAACGGGCUUUAGGGCCAAUUUUUGUAUUGCUACAGAAAGGCCCAUACAGUAAAGACGAGCAAAGUUUGUAAAUCCUAUAUCAUUUCAUUGUGAUUUGAAACAGGCUAUGAGUUGGUGCGCGCUUACCGAGGUGAUCAGAUGCCAGCGAAUGCCAUCAUGACUGGAGCGACCAGCAAUGAUAACUCGUUGUUUGUGGGACGGGCCGGAGGAAAUGUGCCGUGUAAAGUGAAUCUCAAUGAUGGAAAGAUCUGGAACUUUUGGUACGGUAAUCGAGGAGAGAAUAGAACUGAAUCUGGAGAAAUAUUGAUUUUGAUUAACGACCAUGCUUAUUAAAGACUUUAAUGUGCAUAUACUGUUCGUUUAUGAGCUACAUAUGCUAACACUUUGACAACUGAAUUAAAACUAAUAUAUUUUCAGCUAAAAAGUAGGCCUAUAGGCAGGCCCCCAGGACUUUGUAAAUACGCGUAAACAAUCGACAAUCCGCGGAUGAUAAUUAUUCAAAAACAAUUCACUUUGAUAAUUUAAUUGUAUGUUUGUAUUUAAGAGUUGCAAAUUAAAUAUUUUUUGAUAAAUAAUAAAAUCACAUAUA